AUCUCUUUCAAAGAUAAGUACUAGUAGUGUUUUCUUGUGGUUAUUGUCUAUAACACAGGAAAGGAAGGAGGAGAAGGGAUGGGUGAGGAAAUAAUAGAGGAGUUCGAGUUCGAUGAGAUAAAGGAUAACAUACAUGGUUCUGUUGGGAGCAGAUUGUCUUUGUUUUCAAAUGAGUAUGGGCUUGGAAAGAACAGAUGGGAUUCCAAUCCUUCUCUCAGAUUCCCAAAGGAAUGCUAUAGUGGCUUUGUUAUUCAACCUGAUGGCAGAUUCUAUAGAUGUUGGGUGAAUAUAAUAUUUCUAUGGUCCAUCUAUUCAUCCUUCUUCACGCCAGUGGAAUUUGGAUUCUUCAGAGGCUUGCCACCGCAUAUGAGGCACCUUGAAACUGUGCAGAUUGUCUUCUUUGUGGAUGUGAUUCUACACUUCUUUGUUGCGUACAGAGAUCAUCACACCUACAAGAUGGUGUACGACCGCAAAAGCAUUGCCAUGCGGUAUGCAAGAGGCAGUUUCGCAUUUGAUAUUCUGGGCUGCUUUCCUUGGGAUGCGGUUUACAUGGUGACAGGAAGAAGAGAAGCUGUGAGAUAUCUCAUCUGGAUUCGACUCUAUCGAGCGAGGAAAGUCGAAGAAUUCUUCCAAAGAAUGGAGAAGGACAUUCGUAUCAAUUACCUAUUCACUAGGAUAGUGAAACUCAUUACAGUUGAGCUGUAUUGCACGCAUACGGCUGCAUGCAUUUUCUACUAUCUUGCAACGACACUACCGCCGGCCAAAGAAGGUUAUACAUGGAUAGGAAGCCUAAAAAUGGGAAACUAUAAAUACAUCAACUUCAGAGAAAUAGACUUCUGGAGGCGAUACGUAACGUCGUUGUACUUUGCCAUCGUCACUAUGGCUACAGUCGGUUAUGGUGAAAUUCAUGCAGUGAAUACCAGAGAAAUGAUUUUUAUUAUGAUAUAUGUCUCAUUCGACAUGAUAAUUGGGGCGUAUUUAAUCGGUAACAUGACAGCUCUGAUUGUUAAAGGCUCCAAUACAGAGAGGUUUAGAGAUAAAAUGACAGAUCUUAUAAAAUACAUGAACAGAAACAGGUUGGGUAAGGAUAUCCGGUCACAAAUACAAAAUCACCUACGGCUGCAGUAUGAGAGUAGCUACAGUAAAGCUAGGGUCCUCGAAGAAAUUCCAGCAGCUGUUCGAUCGAAGAUUUCUCAAACCUUAUACAGUGAGACGAUUCAGCAAGUUCCACUUUUUAAAGGGUGCUCUGAUGAGUUCUUCAAUCAGAUAGUUACGAAGCUGAAUGAAGAGUUCUUUCUCCCAGGAGAAGUGAUCCUUGAACAAGGGAGUGCAGCAGAUCAAAUAUAUAUUGUUUCUUAUGGGCGCCUGGAGGAGAUAGCAACUGGAGAAAAUGGGUCGGAUGAAUUCAUUGCAGAACUUAAACCCCACAGUAUUUUCGGUGAACUGGCGAUUUUAUGCAAUAUUCCCCAGCCCUAUACAGUUCGUGUUUGUGAAUUAUGCAGACUCCUACGAAUAGAAAAACAGUCCCUGAGUAGUAUUUUGCAACUUUACUUCAUGGACAGCCGGCAGAUACUCAACAAUCUCCUUAAGGGAAAAGACACUGAUCUAAGAAUCAAGCAGCUGGAAUCAGACAUUACAUAUCUUAUUGCAAAGCAAGAAUCAGAGUUAGCUUUGGGAGUAAACGGUGCUGCUUAUCAUGGUGACCUGUAUCACUUGAAAGGCAUGAUCAAUUCAGGAGCAGAUCCAUGCAAGAUGGACUAUGAUGGGAGAACAGCACUUCAUUUGGCUGCAUCAAGAGGAUAUGAGGAUAUUGUGAGGUUUCUCAUACAACGAGGAGCAAACGUAAACUGCAUAGACAAGUUUGGGAAUUCACCUUUGUUGGAGGCUGUCAAGGCUGGGCAUGAUAAAGUUUCUGCUCUCCUUGUAAAACAUGGUGCGAUUUUGAACUUGGAAGAUGCUGGAAGCUGUCUCUGUAAAGUUGUAACGGAGAGCAAUGUCGAUCUUUUGAAACGGUUGUUGGAAAAUGGUGUUGAUCCAAAUUCAAAAAAUUACGAUGAACGGACGCCUCUACAUAUUGCAGCUGCAGAAGGUUUGCACCUUGUGGCAAAUAUUCUGAUCAAGUUCGGAGCGGAUGUUCUUUCCAAAGACAGGUGGGGAAACACUCCUCUUGAUGAAGGCCACAGAUGUGGAAGCAAACCUUUAUUGAAGAUCUUGGAGAAAGCUAAAAAGGAUCGCAUAUGCAAACAUGAGAACUCUCAAGCAAUAGAGGAAGAUAAUUCUUUUAUGUAAAUACCCAUUUUCAAAGAAGAAAAUGCAGUUUGUUUCAGAAGCUUGAAUUGGAAGAAGUAAAGAAGGAUAGCUCUGAAGGCAUUUUGAUUUUUCAGUGGUAUGAUCAUCGCAAGUCCACAGCUAUGUACAGGUAUGCCCAUGUGGUGUGGGUGUGGGUGUGUGUAAAAAACCAAAGGUGUAAUGGUUUCAUCCAUUGGAGUAUCAAUGCAAGUCGGGAUUGGAAAGAUCUGUGGAA